AUGGAGGCCAAUACUGAAAAUACAAAUCAUAAACUGAAGAAUAUUGAGAAAAAUUAUAGAAAGGAAUUAGUGAAAUAUGGAAAAAACACCAAGUCAACCAAUCGUUUUUUUACUAAGCAAGAAAUUAUGGAAAUGACUGUGGAUACUAAAAAACUGAAAACAGCUACAGAAAAUAAGGAAAUCAAAUUUGUAAUAGUUGGAGAUGGCGCUGUAGGAAAAACCACAUUUUUACGAAGGAUUGCAAUGCCAAUGGAUAUUGAUGCAUUUAUUCCAACAGUUUAUGACUUUUAUUCAUAUCAAGCAAAAAACCUAUCAUUUCAAUUGUAG